ACAGUACCGACCUCGACAUGGCCCACUUCCAGAUCCUAGGCGUUGCCUCCACUCUGCUGCUCCUGCUGGCUCCAACCUGGGCGGGAAUUAUUGCCCCGGCGGGCAUCAGUUAUGGCUACACUGGCGAUGAGCACGCGGUGGCCCACACGCAGUCGAAUGUGGUGCGCAGCUUCGAUGGCACCGUCUCUCACUAUGCCAAGUCCGUGGCCACGCCCUUCUCCCAGGUGCACAAGCAGGAUACGAGGAUCAGCAACAAUGUCUACCAGCCGGCGGUGGCCAAGACCAUAAGCUAUGCCCCAGCUCCUGUUCCAGUUUCGAUUCCAGCUCCUGUCUACACACAGCACUCCCAGCCAGAGCCAGCUCAUCUGUUCACCCAGGCAGCAGCUCCAGUAUACCACCAGGCUGCUCCUGUCCACACUCCGGUGACUUAUCAUCAGCCUGCUCAGGUCCAGACUUACCAUCAGCCUGCUCAGGUGCAGACUUAUCAUCAGCCCGCUCAUGUUCAGGCUCCGGCGGUCUACCACCAAACUGCCCACGUGGAGAGUCCCUCUGUGUAUCACCAGCCUGCCCACCUCAGCCACCAGCCCGCUGUCAUCCACUAUUCCCCAGCGGAGACAGUGUCCCAUAUGAGCUUCGAUGGCUUCGGCACUCACUACGGUUUCUAA